UGCAGCAUUUGAAAAUACUGACAUCCUCCUGCGAUCGCAGCAGGCCCAUUAAAAUAAUUUAAUUUAAGUCGAAACUAGGCGAAUCGCAAGAUUUGAAAAUAUGUACAACGACGAGGUGCGAACGCCGCAAGCCCUCAAGAAUCGAUAUUUCACUAAUCUCAGCGGACUGAAGUGCCGGGCGCGCAGAAAUAGCCACUCAAACAGCAACAAUUCGACGGCGUCGGCGGCAACGCCAACGAAUGGCGGCGGCAAGGAAAAUGAAAAACGCAGCCCCCUAAUGCCGGGCAGUGGAAAUGGAAAUGGAGGUGGAAAUGUGUGCACCCCGCCCCCAAAGAGGCUGCACAAGGUGCGCAAUCCCUUCGAGGUCGCGAUGGCGGAUCGCUUGCACCUGCCGACGAUUGCCAGUCCGUCGCUUUUCCGCUCGCGUACGCCCCAACUUUCGUCCACGCAAUUCGAGUGGAACAUUGACGAAGUCUCGCAGCUGAAACCCGCCGAGUUGGAGCCGCACGAAACGCAGUUUCACGACUCCCCCGAUCCCGAGCAGGAAUCCCGGGCCCAGCUGGCCAUCAGUGCCUUCUUCAAGGAGUCGCACAUUGUGCCCAGUCCCGUGGACUGUCCGCUGCGGAAGCAGCGCAUCAUAAUCAACCACAACGAGGACAAUACGCCCAUAUCGAAUAAGUCGCGGCGCAAACGGGACUGCGAGGUGCAGACGGAACUCACGCUGCCGCCGAUUUUGCCCAAGGCUUUGGAGGAUGCACUGCGUCCCUACUUCCAGCCCCAUCUGGCCGCCCGCCUGUCCGGCCGGAGCAAAUCGAGCGGCGGCCACGACAUCUUCAACAGCUCCAUGCGCCGGAAACUGUUCGAUCUGCACAACGUCAUCGUCUUGGGCGACCAGGAGCACGGCGAGCAGUCAUCGCCCAUCGCGGGCUCCAGUCCGCAGGGCAAGCAGACCAUGUUCGCGGGCAGGCUAUCGGAUUCGGCCUCCGGCGAGGGCAGUUUCGGCUGCCUUUCGCCCAUUAGAAACCUAUGCGGUCUGCCGCCAGGAACGCCCGACGAUGGCAACUGCUCGGGGAAGCGGAAACUGCUGAUGCAGGAGCUGGGACUGCCGUCGCCCAUUGCUCCGUCCGAGCAUCUCAGCCGGCGACUGGUGUACUCCAAGGCGGAGGUCAGCGUCACAGCAGAGCACCAGGACACGUUGUCGGAGCGCACGGCCCUGCAGUUCACGCCGGACCGGAGCUCCUCGCCGAUGGGCGCCUUGGAGCACUCGGAUUGCAGCAUUAAUCAGCGGGUCAGGCGACUGCGGGUGAACAGCACACGACAGGUGGCGAUUGAGGCCGCGGACCAGCCACUGUUUGAGGAAACCGAAGAGGAUGAUGAGGAGGAGGAGGAGGGCGCUGAAUCGGAGGUGGACGAGGAGACGGAGGCGGAAGCGGAGGGCGAGGCCAUGCAACUGUCCACCCUGAGUUUCAAUUGCAGCUCGUCCAAUUCGGACACUCCGCGUGGCCACAGACGACAUCGUUCCGCCCAACGCAAGAAUCUCUCGCAGUCGUUCAGUGCCAAUUUGGAGGAGGAUCCGGAUCAGGAUCAGGAUCAGUCUGCGGCUGCAGGAGCAAUGCAGCCAGCGGGGCUACCCCAGAAUGCAUUGCCACAGCAAGGACCCAGGAUUCCGCUCUAUCGCACGGACAGUGGCUUCAACGAGACCUCGAGCACCUCGACCUUCGCCUUCUCGCAGGACUUGCCAUUGGAUGUGUCCAUGGCCUGCUGCUCCACACCCUCCACCCGCUCUUGACCCCUGCACUCUGCACUCCGCACUCCUAGUUCGUAGGCUAUUUAAUGCAAUAAGUGCUUUUAUCAGGCUAAAGAGAGGAAGACUCGUGACUCGUGUUCCAACUGCAAUGUAAACCCACCGCAUAUAUAUUUUGUAUUCGUGUUCUGUGUGUUCUUAGUAAAAUUGCCAAAUAGUCAAGUAAGCUGCGCGUUUCUGUCAUUCAUUAACUUAAUUCAUUGUCAUUGUCAUUGUUUUGUUUAGUGAGUUCAAUAAAUAAUUCUUUCGAUGCCAUAUUACGUGUAAUAAA